AUGGAGAUGAUGUCUCUCCCCAAAAUGAAUCUGUCUUGUCUGCAACCUCACCUCCAUUUGAGCAGCAGGUCAUUAUUAGCAGCAGCUCAGGCGUUUCCAAGCAUAAGGAGCAGAACAACAUGCCGUGUUCGGUGCGGCUCAGCGAGAAGAAGACCAAGUAGGAAGAACAUGAUGCCUGAAAAGGCACAAGAACCAGUGGGUUUGGAGAGGCAUUGGAGACAUGCAGUGGUGGGUGGUGUCUCUGUAGGGUUGAUGAUGGCUUUGGUAAUGGGAAUGGAUGCAGAGAAGGCGAUGGCUUUGGGACCAGAAGGUCCUUUGAUGGAAGAGUUUUGGGACAACGUGAGAAGGUACGGUCUUUACGCACUCACGGUCAGCACGGGAGCUCUCUCGGCCGUCUUUGAGCCUAUCUACGAGCUCCUCAAGAACCCGAUCUCCGCCAUUCUCAUUUUGAUCAUAUUAGGUGGAAGCUUCUACAUCGUCUCCCAAGUUGUCUCCGCCAUGAUUGGUGUCAACGAAUUCGCUUAUGAUUACGGAUAUUGA